GUGUACUGACAUCCACCAAUCUUGCCCAUCGAGCUCAACUCUCGCAAAACUUCAAGACUAACUUUUCAGCUUCAACACAAUGGCUGACGCUGGACGCGGACGUGGUGGAUUUGGACGAGGCCGUGGUGAUCGAGGCCGUGGUCGUGGACGCGGACGCCGCGGAGGCCGCAAAGACGAGGAGAAGGAAUGGGUCCCAGUUACGAAACUCGGUCGUCUCGUAAAGGACGGCAAGAUCAAGUCGAUGGAGGAGAUCUACCUCUUCUCGCUCCCCGUCAAGGAGUACCAGAUCGUCGACUUCUUCCUCCCCAACCUCAAGGACGAGGUCAUGAAGAUCAUGCCUGUGCAGAAGCAGACCCGUGCCGGUCAGCGUACGCGUUUCAAGGCGUUCGUCGCGAUCGGUGACUUUGACGGUCACGUCGGCCUCGGUGUCAAGUGCGCCAAGGAAGUCGCCACCGCCAUCCGCGGCGCCAUCAUCCUGGCCAAGCUCUCCGUGAUCCCCGUUCGUCGUGGCUACUGGGGUGCCAGUCUCGGUGCUCCCCAUACAGUACCGUCAAAAGUCAGCGGAAAGGUCGGCUCCGUCAUGUGCCGUCUUAUCCCUGCGCCCCGUGGUACCGGUAUCGUCGCCGCUCCCGCAUCAAAGCGUCUCCUGCAGCUCGCUGGUGUAUCAGACGUUUACACCCAGUCGAAGGGUUCCACCGCGACCAUGGGUAACUUCUUGAAGGCAACCUUCGCUGCCAUCACCAAAACCUACGCCUUCCUUACCCCCGAUCUCUGGCGCGAGAUCCCUGUCUCGAAGGUACCAUACGACGAGCACAGCGCACAUUUGCAGCUCGCAGGCAGGAAGCAGUACUAGACUGUUGGCGUGUUUUUGUUACGAUGAGGCUUUCUCUCUGUAUUCUUUCGCAAAACUCUCUGGGCAUGUCACAUCCACACCAUCUUCUUAUGACAUGAUAUGCUAUAUGUCCUCACAUUGUGUACUGCGUCCUAUCCGGAUUCCUUAAAGUCGGUAAGAGGCACUGUUCGAAGCCGUACUGAGAUGUGAAGUAUGGUGUAUGCGCCCACAGGGCUAUCUGCAUGUCAAUUUACAUUGUUGUAUCGAUAGGC